AUGGCACAUUCCUUCAAUUCUCUCCGCCUCCUCAGGGCGUGGCGGUCCUUGAAUCAUGCGCCAAUCUGCAAUAGGUGCUUGCAGUCGCGACGAACAUUGGCUACACAAGCAGCUGUAGCGAACCCAGAGCCAUACACGGAGCUUGAGCAGGAAUCAUCGCUAGUUCCCUUGCAGAGUCCGCAUCCUAAAGCACGAGCCUUUGAUCCUCUGGCUUUUCCAAAGUCAAGAAGGCGACAACUGCCUCCUAGCAGGUAUCGGUUUCGAAGUCCCAGAUACGAUCGUGGACCGAUGCACCCCCAUCAACCUCUCCAUCCUUCCGAUCCUGCAAGUCGAGAAUUUGUCCCUGGGCCCUUUUCGUCCCCUCGAGUCGAACUCGCCUAUCACAGCAUCAUUGCCCCGGACUUCAUGACAAUGUGCUAUCAACAUACGCCUCCCGGCUUCAGACCUCUCGAGAAGGGCCCUCGUUUACGCCCAUGGGUUGGAGACAACCCGUAUUUCGCGAACCGACAGCUGCGUGGGCCACGUGGUGGAGACGUAUUGCGAUUACUGAGAAGGCCCAUAACCUUUCGAAAUGUGCCCAUGGUCGAACGAGUCACGGUCCACGCGUUCUGCAAAGGCGCUCUCAAAGGAGGCUCAGGCUAUCUUCACGUGGCUGGCAUGAUUCUACAGGCAAUCACAAACCAGAGAGUCGUGGUGCACAAGGCAAGGUCGAAUGAACAGGGCUGGGGCUUGAUCAGAGGCCGGCCAGUCAGUCUUACGGUAGACUUGAAAGGGGAAGACAUGUAUCAUUUUCUGGGGAAAAUGAUCAAUGUUGUCUUGCCUCGUAUCAAGGACUGGAACGGUGUCCGGGCCACGACUGGGGACAACAGUGGCAACCUGUCUUUCGGGUUGACGCCUGAUGUUGUUGCUGGUUUUCCGGAGAUCGAAAUCAACUAUGACGCCUACCCGACCAAAUUAAUUCCUGGUCUUUAUGUCACCAUUCACACCACGGCCAGUUGUGACAAGGAUGCAAGACUCCUCCUCCAGCAGCUGGGCAUUCCGUUCUAUGGCAAGAUUGUGGAUUGA